AUGCUGCAGCUCAUCGACCUCCAGCGGCAGGGCCUCGGCGGUGAGGAGAGCGGCGGCACGGGGUUCUCGCCGCUGCCGCUGUUCACGGACCGGUCGCCCCCGCAGUCGCGGGAGGAGAAGGACGGCGGCUUCAAGUCGCCCAAUGGCACGGGAGGUGACCAUGCUGAACCUCGACUUCCUCGCCGAGCACGACCUGCAGUGGUGGAUCGUGCGCCUCUCCAUGAUUACAAGCCGUACGUCCAAACAAAGGCUGGCUGGCUAGUUGGCGGUCCUACCUUGCCGAGCUGGUGA